UUCCGAGCGAGGGAGGCCGUUUUGACUGGCCUCAACACCACCCUUCUUUCCUCAUCGCCACCCUGCCCGCUGCGCUCUCCCCUGACGACCUCCCCUUUCGCUGCCUCGCUGCCGGCCUCGAUUGGAGUCGGAAUCAGAUUGGUAGAUGGAUCACCACAUGCAAAAUCAACGCAGGACUACCAUGAGCGACGAUGGAGACCAUACCUGCCCGCUCUGUGCUGAGGAGAUGGACAUCACUGACCAGCAGCUCAAGCCAUGCAAAUGCGGCUAUGAUAUCUGCGUCUGGUGCUGGCACCACAUCAUAGACAUGGCUGAAAAGGAGGAGACAGAGGGCCGCUGCCCUGCAUGCCGCACUCGCUACGACAAGGACAGGAUUGUCAAGAUGACUGCCACUUGUGAGCGAAACAGGAUGGCACCGGAGAAAAAUGCAGAGAAGAAGCACAAGACCCAGAAGGCUAAGCCAAAGGCAGCAGCACCUAUAGCAGCAGCAGCAGCAACAACAUCUACCGUAGAAGCUAAGAAGCAUCUGGCUAGUGUCAGGGUUAUCCAGAGGAAUUUGGUGUACAUAAUUGGCCUACCUGUACAUUUGUGCAAUGAGAGUGUACUUGAGCGUAGGGAAUACUUUGGUCAAUAUGGGAAAGUUUUGAAGGUUUCAGUUUCCCGCCUGACUGGGCCUCCUUCCAAGCAGGCUUCAGCAAACAACAAUAUUAGUGUAUAUAUAACUUAUGCCAAAGAAGAAGAGGCCAUCCGGUGUAUUCAAUCUGUACACAAUUUUGUCUUGGAAGGAAAAGUGUUAAGAGCAUGCUUUGGUACUACAAAGUAUUGCCAUGCAUGGCUGCGGAACAUGACAUGUGGGAACCCAGAUUGCCUCUAUUUGCAUGACAUAGGCAGUCAGGAGGAUAGUUUUACUAAAGAUGAGAUCAUCUCAGCAUAUACGAGGACUAGGGUCCCCCAGAUGGCAUCUGGUGUUUCGCAAAGAUGUGCAGGCACUGUGUUGCCUCCCCCAACUGAUGAUUUCUCUUACAGUGCGGUGGUAUCAGCCAAGCAUACAAUCAAGAAUGGAAUACAUAAUACCACCAACCAGCCAAGGCUUUCACCUCCAAACAGUAGUUCUGGGAGGUCCACGCUUCCGCCAGCUGCCUCAUGGGGGCAUCGUGAUUUGAAUGCCAGGACAACAGCUGUUCGGGUGACAUUACCAGAGUCUCAUACAAAAACAAAGUCAGAGCCACAAAGUAAUUCAUUUUCAAGUUCUUCAACAGUUUCGAGUACAAGAAUACCUUCUUCAUGGAAUGACGAUACAAGUACAGCACCAACAGUGUCUGAAGGAUGGCAGUUGUUGGAACAAGAUAGCACAUCAAAAACCUUACAGCCAUAUAAGCCUGGUAUUGCAAAGGAAACACAAGCUUUAUCAUCAUUGGAGUCAUCAGUGGACAUAGACUUCUCUACAAUACCUUCAGCUUGGAACGACGAUGACAUUGCAGUGUCAGAUGGGAUGACAAAGGGAAAUGAGGAUCAAGUUGCAAAUGAAAAUGGAAAGUUAACUCAUCCAGUGUCUAACUCGUCAAUAUCACCUAAGAAAGACAUGACAGUGAGCAUAUCAAGUCUAGCAAUAUCGAAAUCAGAUGUAAAGACUUGUGACAGUGACUGCUCAAUUACCAAUAUUGCUCCUAAAAGCCCUGCUUCUGCUGUUAACUGCCAAUUUAGUCAUGCAGGCCGUGAGAAAAUACUGGAGGAUAAUAGAACCCGGGAUGCUGGCAUUGAGAAUCUACCUAGUCAUGCAGUCGGUGACAAAAUACUGGAGGAUAAUAGAACCCGGGAUGCUGGCAUUGAGAAUCUACCUAGUCAUGCAGUCGGUGACAAAAUACUGGAGGAUAAUAGAACCCGGGAUGCUGGCAUUGAGAAUCUAUCUGUUCAGAUGUCUUCAGUAACAUUAGAUGGCAAACAUGAGAUUCAUAGUGUGGUAGGAAAUCAUGAACCAGAUGCAAUGCUAUGCCCGUCUGUGGUUCCCAUGGGUCAGAAUUUUGACAAAGACCAAUCUCAUCUGAAGCUUGAUGGGUCUCUACCUUCAGAAAAUAAGGACACUGUUCUUUCUUGUCGAUAUAAUGCGGACAGUCAUCUUAAUUGGAGUUCAGAGCCGCAAAGCUGUACUGUGACUCCUUUAAAUGAUAUAGUAAAUUCUUCAAUCAUCACUGAGACACUUAAUAGUAGGUUGAUGGAUGGGUCAGCCCAACCAUCAUAUUCGUCAUUUGCCCGUUUUCCUAAUACAUUAGAUACUUCAUUGUGGAAGGAUACAGAAACUAACCCUGCAUUGACGAUUGGCACUAGAAAUUCUUCACAGAUGCAGACUGGAUUUUCUUCAAUCAAUAACACUUAUUCCAUGUUAAGUGGACAUCCUGGAAUGGGAAGUCAUCAACCUGGAGCAAUGGGUUCAGUAAGAACUGAUAGUGUAGGAAUUUUUGACAGGACUGUAAGUGUAAAUAAAGAUGAGAGCAGGAUAAUUUCUGAUAUGUUGUCAUCUGAGUUUAAUCCGUGGGAUGAUUCAUAUUCAACUGCUAACAAUUUUGUUAGGAUGCUUAGCGAAUCUGAAAAUAAUGAUGUUCCUUUCACAAUGCCUUCAUGGAGAUCAGGAUCUGGCAGCAAAGAGUCAAGGUUUUCGUUUGCUAGACAGGAUAACCAAGGAAACUUCUUGGAAUCAUCUCUCAGAAACUCUGGUAAUGAGCAGAAUUUUGGUUUGCUACCCCAGAUUUCCCAAGGAAAUGCAUACCAGAAUGGUCUUGCAUUCCAAUCCGUAGAGAAUGAUUUUUCCAGUAGCAAUUCUCUUGCUGUGUCAGAAAUGGCAACUACUGAUGCAUCAUGGUCUAAAAUAUCUGCACCUCCAGGAUUUUCAGCAGCGGCAAGAGUCCCCCCUCCUGGAUUUUCUUCUGGAUUUCCAUCCCAAGAUGGUAUUAAUCCACCUCCCGGGUUUUCUUCUGGAAUUUCAUCUCAUGAUGGGUCUAUCCCCCCUCCUAGAUUCCGUUCUGGAAUUUCGUCUCAGGAAGUGUCUAAGCCCCCACCUAGAUUGGCUUCUCCAUUUUCUUCGGGGUUUCCAUCUCAGGAUGGGCCUAACUCUCCUUCUAGAUUCCCUUCUGCAUUUUCUUCUGGAUUUGCAUCACAGGGUCUGUCUAAUCAGGUGUAUGGCUCAAAAUACUCAGAAACUCUUCUCCAGGAUAAUGUUUUGGGCAGCAACAGUAAUCAUUAUCAAGCUCCGUUUCGUAGACACACAAGUGAUGUUGAAUUUAAUGAUCCUGCUAUAUUGGCUGUGGGCAAAGGGCGAUUGCCUGGAAUUGGGGAUUCAGGGAUGGAGAUGAAUAAUACCCCUACUUUCCCAGCACCGUUGCAAACAUCGAAUAAUGACCUUAUGUUUCAGUUAUGCAUGCAACCGAAUGUGCCGUCUCAUCAGAACAUGAGAUUCACAGACCAUACACAGGAUGCCUUCAACCCUAUGAAUGAUAAUCACCUGGCUUCCAGAUUUUUAGCACAGAAUCAUGGUGCCGUAUCCCCUUACUCGCAGAGACCACAACAAUCUGGAAACUCACAGCUUAUAAAUGGUCAAUGGGAUGGAUGGAGUGAUUUGAGACAAGGGAGUAACGCCCCUUUGUCAGACUUGUCAAGGAUGCUAUAUCCAAGUGAAGCGAACAACUUGCACAUGCUGGGUUCAAAUGAUAUUUAUAACAGAGCCUUCAGAAUGUGAUUUGUCUCAUGGCAGAUGCAAUUUUGACUUGACAUGUUCGUACAUGGGGCUUUUGUGGACUUGUGAAAGUAACUGGUUGCCCGGCACAUAGUCUGGAACAUGAGUUUUUAUUGGGAUUUAAUUGAACACCAUGAACCUGAGCUUUGGCCCAGCCUUUUGAAAUUACCAGGUUCCUUCUGUUUUAUAGUAUGCGAAAGAUGCGCCGAGACAAGCAAAGCAACUGAAGGCGAAUUGGAUAGAGAUCUCGGCACAUGUGGUCCAUGGGAAAGAGUUUAAGAAGCUAGGGUCAUAAGAGCAUAUGCUGUGUGCUGUAUAUAUUUCGAUGCUGGAAACACCAAAUCAGAACUUAUACCCCGUUUUAUUUUUAUUUUUUUUGCUGCAAUGUGUGCAAAUCCGUAUGUGGGGUCAAUAGUUCAAAUAGACAGGCAGGAAAGGUAUGCUUUUUUUCCUCCUCUCAAGUGCAUUUGCCAAGCAGAAAGGUGGCAUGGCUUGACCAGAAUGAAUCUACAUCUUUGAGGGGGCCCUCCUUGAGUCUGGCCUACGGGCGGGCAGGCAGGCAGGCUGGCUGGAAUGGAUGAUGUUGAUGAUGCGUAAUGCGUCGAUAUAGUUAUCUUAGAAAUGAAAAUGAUGACAAGGUGUCUGUAAGACUGUUAACUUGGCAGUGGUUGCACAAAGCCACAAAAGCUUCCGUUGUGGGGCUGGAUAGUUCAUGGGUCUUGUUGCGUAGGAGUAUGUAUAUCUAUCUAUCAAGGGAGAGGAAUAAGGUUUUUUUAAGCCGUGUAACAAAGAAAGUCGUAAUUUGCUACCUGUA